GUUCUGAAGCAAUCAAUGGAGCGCCGCACCGAGCCUUGCCAUUGGUCUCCUUCAGCCAUGAAGCCACUACUCUCGUCAGCUGUCGAUCCACACCUACACCAGCACUUGCAUCUAAGUGGUGCACUAUGCCUCCUCAGCCAAGCAGUCAGUAUGGUCAUUGAACCUUAGCGGACGACUUCUCCACAUUCUCCACAAUGUGGCAUCAUACAUCCGACUUCCCCACCAGAAUGCUCACUUUACAUUUUAUUUCACCACGACACUUGCACCCAAACGGGCCAAAUCCUCUUACCACGAUCAGUGUAUCACAACUUACACCACAGCAUUGGGACAGGGCAGAGACGAUGGCUGGCAUGCAUUGUCUCAAAUGCAUUCACUUGUUGUUCUUUUAUUUCUUUUCUUCUUUCACAGGCAACAAAGAUAGCUUGCAUUCGGGACGGCUCAUAAUAACGAGGCAAACAUCUUCCAUCGGGAAAGAAGGACAUAAUACUGCGGGAGCAUGGAAUGAGAGUUCAUUCAAACCGAUACUUAUGCAAUUUGCUUUCUCCUUCCUUUUCAACUUUCUUCCACACUUUUUACAUUUCCUUUGGCACGAUGGGGCGUAGGACGGUCCAAGGCUCUCUACUGAUGCCAUCAUAUCCAUCGGUGGAUGAUGGGCGGCCUGCUGGGUGGCAUUGUGCCUGUGGCUGACUGGCUGUUGCUGUUCCACUUUACCUUAGUUUGCUCUAGGUAGCUGAAAUAAUGGGGGUUCUGU